AUGAUAAUGAUGAUGCGCUACGUGCUGUGUAUCCUCGCUCUCCUGCUCUCAUGUGCGUGUGUGCACGUCCUCGCUGAAGAAGUGCCUGCCGCCGAUCUUUCCGACCAAGUCCCUGAUACGGAGAGUGAGACAAAGAUUCUUCUUCAAAGUACUCCUGUCAGUUGCCCUGAUGGUGACGAACGUUCUGUUGACGGUAAACCUUGUGCUGAGGCUGCUGCUAGUGGUCCCGGUGCUGGUGGUGCUCAAGGGCCUAACACCCACGGUCAUCAGAAUCAAUCUGAAGUUGGUCAACAGCACGGUGCUGGAGUUAGUGGCCUAUCUCCUCAGACGAGUGGACUGGGUCGUGGAGCUGGAGUCACUACUACUACCUCUAAUCUGCACAACGAGAGGGGGAAUAAGUUACCAGGUGCAGAGGCUGCUGCAGGAAAGGGUCAAGGAAUUCAUCAGCAGCAAGAGAGCAGUCAAGAUCCAAUACGAAGUGAAGAAGCAUCUCCUGGGGUGAAAGAGAACUCAAAUCAAGGAGCUUCACCACAGCAACCUCAACAAACUGGUGAUACAUCCAAUGACAGUAGCGCAGUCAACACCAGUGCAGCCAGUGGAGAAGGUACAGGUGCACAAUCAUCUCCUACUUCUGCACCUUCGCAAACUGAUGGAACUGCGGAAGGUGGUAAUUCUACAGAGACAUCAACGAAUAACUCAGCGAAUACAACCUCCGAAAGUGACAAUACAUCCACUAAUGAGGAAUCAACCACCACCACCUCAACAACAACAACAACAACAACACUUCCUCCUGAACUCACAAACAACAAGAAGGGUGAUGCAGACAGCAGCAGCAGUAUCAGCAGUUCUGUGUGGGUGCGUGUACCACUACUGAUUGUGGUUACACUGGCCUGUAUUCUUGUGUGCUGA